GCAGGUUUCAACUUCAAAUUAGUGAGGUUGCCGUGCAAAUGUGCCAUGGGCCGGAAACGUGCGCCUGGAGAAGCGGAAGGUCCAAAUGGCCUAAGCCCCGAAGAUGAAGCAGCUGCAAUGGCAGCUGGCAUUUUACUUCCAGGGGGUGUUACUCCAGGCUCUUCACCUUCAGUGCCAUCCACUGGGCCAGGUGCAGUGCCUGCGAUUCCCGGUGUGCCUGGUGUGCCUGGUGUACCAGGGGUACUUGGGGUGCCUGGCAUUCGCCCCAUGAGUAUUCCAAAUCUGCCUCCAGGAGUGCCCCCUGUGCCGGGUGUGCCUGGUGUGCCUGCUGUGCCCGGCAUGCCACCCUUGCCGCCAGGCUUGCCAGGAGUGCCAGGGCUGGGUGCACUUCCUCCGGGCCUUCCCUCAGGGAGCUUUCCGCCGCUGCCGGGGUUACCGAAUUUGCCAAACUUCCCGGGGUUGGGAGCAGCUCUGCCCCCGAACAUCGCCAGUUUAGUGCCAGGCUUAAAAGCUCCCCCACCGGCUCCUACCCGGCCACCGCCCGGUGCGCCUGGCUUCAACCCGAACUUGGACACCGAGUCGUUAGCACAGCUCCGGUUUCAACAAGUUGCUGCAGAAUAUGAGCAGAUCAAGACGGCUGGCAUUGAUCCGCAGGUCACAGAGCUUGCCGAACACUUUGGCCUUGAUGAGCGAGUGACGCGCCUCUUGGAUGAGGAAAUGAAGAAAAGGCGGAAAACCUUCGAAGAGGAUCUGCAGGCGCUUUGGGUUGGUUUAGAAGGAGCAAAAAAUCCAGCAGGCAUGGUGAUGAUGAGGCUGAAAGAUAUGCGAAACGGAAUCUUUCGAGGAAUGUCUGCAAUGGGAAAGAAAGUGCAGGAAUAUGCCAAGAGGUAUCGACUAGACACGCAGGCCGGUAUCCGUUUGGCAGAGGUCUUGGAACAACGUGAAGAUCCAGAUGGCGAUUUAGCCAAGAUUGCCCGUCACUUGGAACGAUCCAACAAACCUUCCUCCUUGGUGAUGAUGAUGCUUCGAGACCUCAGGGAUGGCAAGCCUGUGAAGGAUCCUGAGUACGCUGCUGCAAUCGGAAGCAAGCUCCAUGAGAAGGAGAUACGCGAGACAAAGACUGACGAACGGCCCAAACGUGAUCGCCGCGACGGCCGCGACGGGGGCGGCGGCCGCGAGGGUCGUGAGGGCCGCGACAACCGCGAAGGCCGUGAUGGUCGUGAGGGACGUGAGCGUAGUCGCAGUCGCCGGCGUGACAGGCACCGCAGCCGCAGCCGCCACCGUUCAGAUCGCAGGGACGAUCGAGAGCGAAGGGAUCGACAGGCUGAUAAGUCCGAUCGACAGGCUGAUAAGUCCGAUCGACAGGCUGAUAAGUCCGAAAAUUGAUGGAAAA